AGGGGCUUCAAUCCAUCUGAUUCAUAUAUAUACAUUUGUAUUGUAAUAUGCAUUUGUAUAUAUAUAUUUAAAUUCUCUCUGUUAGCAUUUGAAUUGGAUAAGGUUUUAUGGUUGUUUCUUUAAUUGCAUUUGGUGUUUGUUGAAAGAAAAAAAAAGGGGGGGUUGUUGAUACAUGCCAAAUGCAAUUAAAAGAAGGGCAGAAUAUGGGAUGAUUAGUAUUAUAAUGGGAAGGGUAGCCUAUGUGUUUGGUUUUGUUGCUUUGAUUUGUGUUUGGGCAGCAAGAGAUUCAGAAGGGAAAAGGAAGUUUCCAGGAAGCAAUUUAGAGUUAGCUGGUGUUUGGCGUGGUCCUGUGAUAGACGAAGAUACGGCCGAGCAAGUAUGGAUUCAUUGCAGGGAAGAGUUAGAAGAGGGUACCGAAGCUGCAAAGUUUCUGGAAUAUUAUAUUCUACAGACAGCAACAGGAAGUUAUAGUUACUUAAAACAGGAUAUAGCUUUGUUGAGAAAAAGAACCUUACAAAAGGCUAUUGAAGAUUUGCCUCCCCGGGAGAAGCAGAUUUUGUUGCAGUGCUUAAGAAGGAAAAAUGUUCCAGUUCAUAUUUCUGAUAGUGACGAUGCAUUCAGUACUUGGUUUAGCAAGUACGAAGAGCUUUUUUCACAAUUGUCAAGUGUUCCCAGGAGGUACCUAAGAAAAAGAAAGAAUCCAUUUUUGCCAAAAAAAAAAGUUCUAAAAAAAAGAAAGAAAUCAUUUUUGCCAAAAAGACAUGCUCCAGUUCCAGCCCUAGCUCCAUCUCCAGGCCCUGCAACUGUUCCGUCUCCCACUCCAUCUCCGGGCCCUGCAACUGUUCUGUCUCCGGCUCCCUCUCCAGGUCCUGCAGCAUUUCAAAUGCUUGCUCCGACUCCAGGUCCUGCAACUGUAUCACCGGUUUAUGUUCCAGUUCCUUCUAUUGAAGUGCCCGCUAGCUCUCCUCCAACUUUGCAGCCUCCUUCUCCAGUUCUAAAACCUCCUGCAAAGCCUCCAAAACAUCAAACUCACACCAAUUCUUCAUCACCUUUACCUGUUAAUCCUCCAGAUAAACCGCAAAAUGGUCCUAAUUCUCAGCGAGAUAAUCAGCAGCAUCGAAAUUAUUUAAUUGCUGCAGUGGCUGGAUGUUCUGUUGCAGGAAUUGCCUUUUUAGCUCUGUUGAUAUUGUGUGUUAAAAAUAAGAAGAAAGAAGUAGCUCCAUAUGGGCAAAGGGAUGGGAAACCGCCUUUGAAUUCGACUGCAGGUGCUUCUCUAAAUUUCGUGAGUGCAUCUGCUGUAAAUGACGCUGAUCCUCAUAAUUCUUCCGAAGCAGACGUGGAACUGUCAAAAUCUGAGAUGAAUGCAACUGCUCAUGCACCAUUACCGCUUCCUCCAGGAAAAUCUGCACCUCCACCUCCACCUCCGCCUCCUGGUCCUCCACCACCUCCUCCUCCUAAACCACCUGCUCCGAGCCCUCCUCCACCUCCAAAAGCUCGCCCUCCUAAUCCACCAAACCCUGGCAAUAUGCCAAAGCCUUUACCUCUUGGAGCACAUCAGAGAGGACGUUCUUCUGAGGCCAGGGGCAGUGGCUCAUUGGGUGAAUCUGAUGCUCCAAAAACAAAAUUAAAACCAUUCUUUUGGGACAAGGUUCUUGCUAACCCUGAUCACUCCAUGGUUUGGCAUGAAAUAAAAGCCGGCUCGUUCCAGUUUAAUGAGGAGAUGAUGGAUUCUUUAUUUGGAUAUAUACCCGGAGACCAAGGGAAAGAUGAUCGAAGAAAACCUUCCUCAUCCUUUGAUCAAACCUCACAGUAUAUUCAGAUUAUUGAUCCUAAGAAAUCACAAAAUCUAGCAAUUCUUCUCAAAGCCUUAAAUGUGACAACAGAAGAAGUUUAUGAUGCUCUCGAGGAGGGUAAUGAGCUGCCUCCUGAACUCAUAAGAACUCUCUUGAAGAUGGCACCAACAAACGACGAAGAACUAAAACUCAGAUUAUUUGCUGGAGACAUUUCUCAGCUCGGUCCUGCUGAACGUUUUCUUAAGUCCAUGGUUGCAAUUCCAUUUGCCUUCAAACGGAUGGAAGCAUUGCUGCUCAUGUGUUCUCUUCACGAAGAAGUUUCUUCCAUUAAAGAGUCCUUCGCAACCUUAGAGGUCGCAUCUAAGGAACUUAGAAACAGCAGGCUCUUCCUGAAACUUCUUGAAGCAGUUCUAAAAACUGGAAACCGCAUGAACGAUGGCACCUUCCGUGGUGGUGCGCAGGCAUUCAAGCUUGACACGCUGUUGAAACUUUCAGAUGUGAAAGGAACCGAUGGCAAGACAACACUCUUGAACUUUGUAGUUCAGGAAAUUAUUCGAUCUGAAGGAUUAAGAGCAGCACGUAAAUUAAGAGAGAACCAAAGCACUACCAGUGUACAGACAGAAGAUCUUGUAGAAGAUCCUGCUCAGGAGUCGGCAGAUUAUCAUCGUAACCUUGGUCUUCAGAUGGUUUCUGGUUUAAGCAACGAGCUUGAGAAUGUAAGAAAAGCUUCACUUAUUGACGGCGAGAACUUAAGUGCAGCUGUCAUGAAGCUUAAUCACUCACUCAUGAAAACUAAAGAGUUUCUGGACACUGAUAUGAGAAGUUUGGAGGAUGAAAGUAAGUUCCGUGAUACACUCACAAAUUUUAUCCAACAUGCGGAACAGGACAUUACUUGCAUACUAGAAGAAGAGAAAAAGAUAAUGUCUUUGGUUAAGAGCACAGGAGAUUACUUCCAUGGAAAUUCAGGGAAGGAUGAAGGCUUGCGUCUCUUUUCAGUCGUUAGUGAUUUCUUGAUUAUGUUGGACAAGGCAUGUACAGUGGUGAGAAACUCAACGAAGUUACCAGUUAAGAUUCCUAAAAAAGGGACAUUAACAUCUCCUUCCCAAGAAUCCUGUCCUGAGUCUUUGCAAGACAUACGUAAACAACUAUUUCCUGCAAUCCAGGAGCGACAGAUGCACUAUUCUAGUUCAGACGACGAGAGCUCAAGCCCGUAGCUGUCUAUUUAGGUGUCAGAGUACUUUGGAGCUAAUAUGGCUUGGAUAAUAGUCCACAGAAGUAUGUAUUUAACGACUAUAUGAGGCCUAAGGUGUGCCUCCUACACCCAGUUAGCAAACACAUGCUCUACGAGAUAGAGUGAAUAGACAUUUUGCUUCAAUGAUCUCUUCGAGUCCUAGCACUAGCGGUAGGAAGAAUGGCUAUAGUAUAGAUGCCAUAGUAGUUAUUGCAUGGUCUACUACAACGAUCCACAGAGUUAAACCACAGCCUCUCACUGUCUGUAGUCACCUUUAUCUAUAACAAUCCAAAUAUCGAGAUGGUAAUGGUACUGAAAUCUCCUAAAUAUUUGUUAAAUUAUAUUUAGUAUGUAUUGGAAGUUAGACCAGAUUCGUAUAGUUUCAGCUUCUUUUUCUCGUCAA